AUGUCACAACGGUAUGGAGAUGGUUAUGGGCCACCGCCCACGGCAUCAGAUGUUUAUACCGGAACGGGUACCGAUCCCGCAGCGGCAUCACUGGGUUAUUUUGGUAUGGGAGCAUAUCCGCCGGUUGCUACCGCACCACCAACAAUGCUUGCUGAUCCGCUCAAUGAACGAAUGAAACGUGAUAAGGAAGCCAUCUAUAAUCAUCCAUUAUUUCCGUUAUUAUCGUGCCUUUUCGAAAAAUGCGAGUUAGCAACGUGUACACCACGAGAACAGAAUAGUACGGCAACGUCAAGUUCAACGUCAACAUCGUCAACAAAUGACGUCUGCUCAUCAGCUUCAUUUAAAGAUGACCUUGCCGAUUUUGCCAAAAUGGUACAAAGUGAAAAGCCAUAUUAUGUACCAAAUCCUGAAGUUGACACAUUGAUGUUGCAAUCAAUACAAGUCCUUCGUUUCCAUUUAUUAGAAUUGGAAAAGGUGCAUGAAUUAUGUGAUAACUUUUGUCAUCGGUAUGUUACCUGUUUAAAAGGUAAAAUGCCAAUGGAUAUUGUUGGUGAGGAACGUGCAAGCAGUUCACAAACACCUGUUUCACCUAGUACCGCUGCUCCUUCAUCUAGUCCUUCUAUGAGUACACCAAUUGGCUCACAAUAUCAACCAGCUCCUUAUGAACCACAAUCUGUACCAUUACCCGAAAAUACAACAGCAGUUUCAUCCGGACAUGAUGGUUAUCAUGGAUCGGUGCACGAUCUCAGCAAUGCUUCAUCGUCAUCCGCAGCUGUGGCUGUGGCUACUCAACAACAUCAGUCGACAACCCCCGAUAGUCACCCUUUAGUGCUGGGCGGGGUGACCCCUCUGACGGCUGGGGGCACCCAAACGUCCAUGUCGCUAACAGCCGUCAGUAGUCCGUCAGGAAGUUCAUCAGCAGGUGGUCAACGACUUGAUUCAACGCCACAUUCGGUGGAAACACCAAAUCAAUUGCUCACCGCUCAACAACAAGAUAAUGUUUCUGAUACAGGUGAUGAAUCGUUAUCGAUGUGCGGUUCGUUAAAUGAUGACGGUGGGAGGGAAUCGGUAUUAAGCGAAGGAAAUACCGGAAGCGGUGGUGGUUCAGCAACCGGUGCAAAUAAACGAAAAGUACCAAAAGUUUUUUCAAAAGAAGCAAUCACCAAAUUCAGGGCAUGGCUAUUCCAGAAUCUUACUCAUCCAUAUCCAUCAGAAGAUCAAAAAAAGCAGCUUGCACAUGAAACUGGCUUAACAAUACUACAGGUUAAUAAUUGGUUUAUCAAUGCUAGGCGAAGGAUUGUCCAACCGAUGAUUGAUCAAAGUAAUCGUGCUGGCCGGCCAAAUGGUGUUAGCGUUUUUAAAAAUAGGAGGAGGAAAAGUAGUGGUCAAAGUCCUGGUCCAUCACCUGAUUUACUAGGUGUUGGUCAUACCUACAGUCCUGACAGUAAUCAGUUAACUGCAGCAGCAGCAGCGGGUUAUCCAGCACAAGCGAUGUUUCCCGGUAAUCCGUAUGCAGCCGGUAUUGCUCAUCCGGCAUUUACCAAUCCGGCUGCAUUAACGGGCCAUAUGUUUAUGCCGGGACCGAUGAGUCAUAUGAUGGCACCGUAUAGUGCGGCGCAAACGCAGAUGGGCGCAAAUGUAUGGAUGGAAUCAUUGAUGCCAGGCCAUAUGUCUAUGGAUGCAUAA